UUAAAAAGAUGGCAGCUGUAAACGAGAGUUAUGAUAAGACAGGAGAUGUGGAUGAUAUAGAGCUGAGCACUAUGGACGCAGGUCGGAGGCAGGAGAGCGUCACAAGAUACAGUUACGAGGAAGCUUUAGACAUGACAGGUCACGGCAAGUACAAUUUGGGUCUACUGGUGGCGUGUUUUGUGGUGAUCACAGCGAUGGGGAUUGACAUCUUCGGGCUGGGCAUCAUCGUCACAGCAGCCACUUGCGACCUGGGUAUAGGACUACAUGAGAUAGGGGUGCUCUCGUCUAUGCCCUUUGCAGGUAUAAUAGUGAUGUCAUACCCGUGGGGCUACCUGUCUGACACCAAGGGCAGGAAGCUGGUGCUGAUGUGGGCUAUGUGCGGUGCCUUCUUCAGCUCCUUGUUCAGCAGCUUCGCACCCAACUGGCAGAUGCUGGCUGCGUUCAGAUUCAUCAGUUCAGCGUUUUCAAGCGCGGCGGAGUCAGCCACGUACGCGUUGUUGGGUGAAUGCUGUACGACGAGAGUGCGCGCUCGGUACAUGCUUCUCAUGACCAGCGCCCUUAUGCUCACGCCUACCAUUUACUACGUGUGGGGCUACAUGAUAAUGAAGUUGGACUUCUCAAUAACCUUCCUGUCGAUCGUGUACCGGCCGUGGCGUCUCCUCACCCAGAUCAUGGCACUGCCGUUGGGGUUGGGCGCGCUGAUGCUGCACUUCUUCAGCGAAAGCCCCAAGUUCCUCGCCAACGUUGGCCGCAGCGACGAGUGUGUAGAUGUGCUAAAGAGAAUAUAUGUGAAGAAUGGUGGUGCUGGAAAUGAUUUCCCUGUUAAAGAGAUAUACUUGGAGGACGGUAGUACGGAGGAGGUGGGCGAGUUCUCGUUACGUUCGCUGUGGAUUCAAAUCGCGCCGCUGUUCAAGCCACCUCUGCUCAGCAAAACUCUACUACUUUAUUACCUGACAUUCGUCAUAUAUAUCGCAAAUAACAGCUUCGCAAUAAUCCUGCCGACGAUAUUCAACGUGUUCUUCACGUCGUACGCGACAAGCGCGGCCGACGCCAGCUUCUGUGAUCUGUUUGCUCUCUCCAACACCACCACCACUGUCAAUAUUGUGGACAACAUCGACGGCGACGGCGACAGUCAGGUAGAAGCAAAAGUGUGUACAGACACAAUCAACAAUUUUACCAUACUGGCGGGCUGCGUGCACGGCCUCUCUUUCUUCGUAUUAAAUGCACUUCUAUCGCAAUGUGCAAACAAACGGAAGGUGAUGACGAUAGUGAUCAUGGUGAUAGCGGCGGCUGCAGCAGUGGGCCUGAACAACUGGAACCAGCCGAUCGCUGGGCUGGUCCUGUUCUACGUGUACCUCACCACUGCCAUGGUAUUUGGGGUCGUCUCCUCGUAUUUUGUGGACUUGUUCCCUACAUCAUACAGAGGGAUGGUAGCAUGUGUUGGCAUGAUGGUGGCGAGGCUGAGUGCGUUCUUCGGCACCAACAUCGUGAGCCGAGCCAUGACCAACCACUGCGACAUGACGAUGUACGGCGCGGCCGGACUUGUUAUUAGUGGCGCGAUCGCAGCCUCUUUAUUACCAGCCGAUACAGAGUUACUCUCAAAUUAAAUUAAG